CUGCAUUUCUAGUGUUAGAGAGAGAGAGAGAGAGAGAGAGAGAGAGAAUGCCUAUGGUGGGAGAAGAAGGACAGGGGGUUACAAAUGGGAGAUGUGAAGAGAGGGGUGUUGGCUCUCUCUUCUCGUCUUCUUUUACGACGUAUCCGAUUACUGUCAAGUUCACAGACAUCUGCUACCGUAUAAAGCUCCAGGAAAAAAUGGGGCCCAACAGUAGUGGAAGCAUCAAACGGUUGCUGGGGGGCCGAAAGCCUGAUCAGAUGAUGAUGGAGGAACGGACGAUCCUAAACGGGAUCACAGGGUUAGUAUCCCCAGGAGAAAUCCUAGCCAUCCUAGGACCGUCGGGCAGUGGAAAAUCAACGCUCCUAAACGUACUAGCUGGACGUCUUCAAGGGAGCUACACCGGUACUGUUCUCGCCAACGGCCGUACUAUGACAAAACCCAUUUUGAGAAGGUCGGGAUUCGUGACACAAGACGACAUCCUCUACCCACAUCUAACCGUCAAAGAGACCCUCGUCUUCUGCUCAUUGCUUCGCCUACCAAAGACCCUCUCCAAUAAGGAGAAAGUGCGGGUGGCAGAAUCUGUAAUUUCGGAGCUGGGUCUGGGCAAAUGUGAGAACACGAUUAUCGGUAACACGUUCGUGAGAGGAGUUUCAGGUGGGGAGAGGAAGAGGGUUUGUAUCGGGCACGAGAUGCUGGUGGACCCGAGUCUGCUGAUCUUAGACGAGCCAACGUCCGGUCUGGAUUCCACUGCGGCGUACCGGCUGGUUUCGACGCUUGGGACGCUGGCCAAGAAGGGGAAGACGCUGGUGACGUCGAUGCACCAGCCGUCGAGUCGUGUCUACCAGAUGUUUGAUUCAGUUCUGCUGCUAUCCGAAGGCCGAUGCCUCUACUUCGGGAAAGGAUCCGACGCGAUGGAUUACUUCGCGUCCGUCGGCUUCGUGCCUUCUUUCCCCAUGAAUCCUGCUGAUUUCAUGCUGGAUCUCGCAAACGGUGUGGCACAGGUAGAAUCACAAGGAGAUACGGAGAAGCCCAAUAACAUAAAGCAAGCCCUUGUCGUGUCCUACAACAGCUUGUUAGCACCUAAGGUGAAAGCUUUCAUUGAUGCUGACACUUACAGGCUCCCAAAAGGGAGCCUAAGGUCCAGUGAGGAGGACAAAAGAAGCAAUGGCUGGUUCACUCAAUUCACCAUCCUCCUUCACAGAAGUCUCAAAGAGAGAAGGCAUGAAGCCUUUAAUUCUUUAAGGGUCUUCCAAGUUGUCGCAGCUGCGGUGUUGGCCGGCUCCAUGUGGUGGCACUCCGACAUGCGUAAUGUCCACGACCGCCUCGGUCUCCUCUUCUUCAUAUCCAUCUUCUGGGGUGUCUUCCCCUCCUUCAACGCCGUCUUCACCUUCCCCCAAGAACGCGCCAUCUUCAUGAAGGAACGGUCAUCCGGCAUGUACACGCUCUCCUCUUACUUCAUGGCUCGCCUGGCUGGAGACCUCCCCAUGGAACUCAUACUCCCCACGGCAUUCAUCACCAUCUGCUAUUGGAUGGCAGGCCUUAGGCCUGAUGUGGGUUCAUUCCUCUUAACAUUGCUUGUGCUACUUGGGUAUGUUCUGGUAGCCCAAGGACUAGGCCUCGCACUCGGCGCAGCUAUCAUGGAUGCUAAACAGGCGUCGACAAUGGCCACAAUCGCCAUGUUAGCAUUCCUACUCACUGGAGGAUUCUAUGUGCAGAAGGUGCCAGCUUGCAUGACAUGGCUCAAGUAUACCUCAUUCACCUUCUACUGCUACAAGCUGCUCAUACAAGUCCAAUAUGGAGUAGGCGAAGCAACCGCAUUGUUGGGUUGCGCCCAUCAUGGGAAAGGGAGCAAAGUCGCUUGCGGGUUCAUCGAGGAGGACAUAAGUCCCAUGGUUAGCGUUGCUGCCCUCGUCAUCAUGUUUGUGGGGUACAGGUUACUGGCUUAUGCAGCCCUUAGACGAAUGAAAGUGUGAAUAACAACUAUGACAUUUUGGAGUGGGCUACUUCUCAUUGACAUUACAUCAACAUGAAAUGUUAAGAAGGUUUCGACCAUUCCAUCCAUCCAUGUAACUAUGCAUCCCUGACUGAUCACUGGGGAAUGUCUUGCAAUGGCAACCCAAGUGAUGAAUGCAAGUGUUAGUAAAGCACAUUGACAAACUACUUACUGUUAAGGAAAUAGAGAUGGAGAAAGGAAGACUAUGACCAGAAAAAUUGCAUCGAAAUGUCGCUUACUAGUGAAUUUUUUAACCAAAACCCAGUAAUUAUUGGUUACUGUCAAUACCUGGUAACCAAUCUGCAAUGCUAUGUUUUCUUUCCAUCUUUGUUCAAUUUCUACAAAGAGAACAGGUAUAAGUGUGAUUAUUAUUAGUAGAUUAGAUGAAUUAAUUGGACCCUUCA